UUAUAACACUAGAAGGUUAUAUAAUAACAAGAAAAGAAAAAAAGAAAGAAAGAAAAUAAUAACACGUUUUUUUUAUUGACAUUUUGAAAAGUAAACGUUUUUUAUGCCGUUUUGAAAAAGUACAAAAAGAACACAUUUUUUGUUAACAUUUUGAGAAGAGUCAAACAAAGAAAAAAAAAAACCAAUAAUAAUAUAUAUAUAUAGUUUUUAUAUAUUUUCUUUUAAUAAUACACUUCUUUGAAAGAAACAGACAUUCUACCUCCUUAUUUAUCUAUCCUUCAAUAAUAUUUAUUAUUUAAAAUGUCUAACGAACAAGGAACUUACUCAGUUUUUGGCGUUAAUAACUCAACACUAAUUCCCUUUCCCGAUUUUUAUGAUACUAUGUACUUUGGUGGGGACUCCAAGACUUAUAGAGAACUCGUUUACACUUCAAGAAUCAAGGAUACUCUUAAUCUUACUAUUGAGGUUCUUACGAAUGACUCAAAAACGUCCAGACUUGCAUUAAGAAAUGAUAGAAAGAAGUCUAAAGGGGAACAAAUUGAAAUCCCAAGACCUCAAAACGCUUGGAUCAUUUAUCGUAGAGACAAAUAUGUAACUCCCGAAUUUGAAGGAAUAAAACCAUGUAUCGCCUCAAAAGCAAUAGGCGAAAGAUGGAAAACCGAAAGUAGCGAAGUUGUGGAAUAUUUUGUUGCACUUUCUAUGUUGGCAUUAGAAAAUCAUCAUAACAAAUAUGGGAAUUAUAAAUACAAACCUAAAUCAAAAGCCUCCAAAAAAUUCAAGAACCGUCAAAGACAACAACAUAAAAGGAAUACAUCUCCUGAAACUGAGGAAACAACAUUGAAUCAAGACUUGCCUCAAUUAGUUGUAAAUCCUCCAUCAUCAAUUAAAGAAUAUCCAACUCCGGUAUCAUCCAUUCAACUUUCUCCCGUUACUGAUUUCUCGGAACAAGCGAAUGAAAUUUCGUAUCUCAUGACCCCGGCAUCAUCAAAUCAUCAAUCGCCUGUAACUUCUCAAUAUGGUUCCUCGGAUAUCUUAACCCCGGAAUCAUUAAAUCAACAAACACCUAUAACUUCUGAAGAUAUUUUGUCGUCAAUGAUGUAUCCGCAAUUCUCCGAGAUAACACCCAUUUCAACAUACAACAAUAAUUCACGUGUGUUUUCCGAAGAUUUUUUGAAAUUUUUAUAUAGUGCUGAUAUCCUAGCUCUUCAACCUUCAACAUAUGUGACUUAUAAUACUGGUAUCCCAGAUAUGACCUUUAAUACUGAUAUCCCAGCAAUCCCGGCACCCGAUAUGACUCUUAAUGAUAUGACUUUUGUUCCAGCAACCCCAGCACCCGAUACUGAUAUCCCAGCAACCCUGGAAACCCUUACCAAAUUUAUUUUCACAAACAUGAACGAUCAAAAUAAAGAUUUUGAUCUUUAUCCAGAAAGUGAACGACAAAUACCUAAUAUUACUCCACCAGUAGCAGAACCGAUGACAACAAGCAUGCAAAACCAGAUUUUUCAAGAUAUUUUUCAAUACGACAGCAACGCUUUAUUCUCGAUCCAUGCAACACCUGUGGAACAUUACUACGACGGCUCAUCCUUUUAAUAAGCAAAAAUAAUUAUUACCA